ACAAAAGCAAAUGUCGGAUGAUGUUCGGUCACUUUCAUUUUCAUGAUUUUAAGGUGUAAACCUCGAGGAAAACUUUCUCUCUAAGGUCCCUGGUGUAAAACCAUGGCGUCACAAGGUGUUUCACCCUUGACCCGCAGUUGGAGCUAUGAGCUUAUUCCACCAGACAUGUCUGAGCUGAGGGUGGCUCUUCUGGGGAACUGCUGGACACAGAGAUGUUUGGUGGAGAGUUUCUUAGUCAGAAAAGACACGUUCAACUUUAGGACAGAGUCACAAUACUCAACAAAAGUCAGUGCUCCAGUGGGAGACAAAAAACUAACAGUCAUCAACACACCAGACCUUCUCCACCCUGACUUCACUGAAGAGGAGCUGAAAGACAAGAUAGAAGAGUUUGCAGAUGCCUCAGAGCCUGGGCCCCAUGUGCUCCUGCUGGUCCUUCAACCUGAAGACUUCACCUCACAGCAGCAGCAGAGGCUCCAGAAAGUGUUAGAGAUGUUCAGUGAAAACUCGUUUGAUCAUUCAAUGGUGCUGAUCUCCACAGACAGAGAAGAAAGUCUAAAUGUCACGUACACAAAGAACUCACCCUUAGGAAUAAUUGUCAGGAAAUGCAGAUAUAGAUUUAUGUGGAUGAAGAACUUUACUGAAGAAGAAGAAGAAGUUAAGAACUUUAAAUUUGCAGAGUUGUUAUCACGACUGGGUCAGAUUGUCAAAGAAAAUCAGGGCCAUAACUUGUCUUAUGAAGUAUUUGAAGAUCCUUCUGCUGCUCCUCACACCAGGGACCAGGAGGCAACAGGCAGCAUCAUGGCAGAGGUUCAGAAAGCUGAUUUAGAACUUCGUAUUCUCUUGUUUGGAAAAAGUGACGACAAAAAGAAAGUUUUAAGUCAGUUUAUCACCAAUAAGAAGAGCAGCCAAAAAGUGGAGCAUGGGGAAUGGAGAGGAAUAUCUCUCACAGUGGUGAAAACUGCAGACCUCUUCAAUAUGUCUGUGGAAAAGCAGAAAAAAGAACUGAAGAAAUGUGUGUCCAUGUGUCAUCCAGGACCAAACGUUCUCCUGCUGCUGGUGAAGCCCUCUGAUUUCACUGAAGACGACAGACAAACACUCAAGUUCAUCCUGACAAUGUUGGGUCCAGAUGCUUUUAAACACUCCAUUCUCGUCUUAACACACACAGAACAUAUGACUGUGGCUGCUAAUGCACUUCUUCAGGAUUGUGAGUUAAGAUUCUAUAUAAUGCAAGACAAAAACCACCAUAGUUUGAUGAAGGUUAUUGAGAUCAUGGUCCAAACUAACAGAGGAUCUUCUGUCACUGUUACUGAGGGCUUCUCUACAGAAAUAAAAACGACACUAAAUGUGGUUCUUUGUGGGAGGAAAGGAGCAGGGAAAACUUCUGCAGCAGAUGUCAUGUUAGGACAGAGAACCUCUGGAGAGAGGAGCUCAUCUGAGAGCAUCAAACGUCAGAGGGAGCUGCCUGGACUGUGUCUGUCCAUAGUGGAGAUGCCGUCUCUCUGUGGUAGUUCUGCUCAGACAGUGAGGGAGCAGUUCUAUAACAGUAUUUCUCUGUGUGACCCUGAUGGUGUCCACGCCUUUGUCCUGGUGUUACCUUUGAAUCCUCUCACUGAUGAAGACAAGGCUGAGUUUAAGAUACUUCAGGAGGUUCUGGGUCCUCGUGUUGAUGCCUUCACCCUGGUUCUGUUCACUGUGGAGUCAGAUCCUUCAGCUCCAGUUUACUCUGACUUUGUGAGUCAGAACAAAGACCUGAAGGAGCUGUGUCAAAGCUGUGGUGGAAGAUAUUUCAUCUUCAACAUAAAAGACCAGAAGCAAGUCCCUCAAAUCUUAAAAGAACUACAAACUUCAACAAAGAACAGAAAUGUUCCUCAAAGUUACACCAGACAAAUGUUUGUGCAGACACAAAUAGAGAAGAUCUCAGCUCUACAGAGCAGCUCCUCUUCAACAGACACAAGACCAGUCACUGGGGACACACAGCGUGCAGAGACUCUGAGGAUUGUGCUGAUUGGAAAGACGGGCAGUGGAAAGAGCAGUUCUGGAAACACCAUCCUGGGACGAGAAGAGUUCAAAUAUGACUUGAGCCAAACAUCUGUGACCAAACUGUGUCAGAAGGCACAUGGGGAGGUGGACGGUCGUCGUGUGGAGGUGGUGGACACUCCCGGUCUGUUCGACAGCACCAUGUCUAAUCAUGAGGUGAUGAUGGAAAUGCUCAAAUGCAUCAGUCUCCUGGCACCAGGACCACACAUCUUUCUGUUGGUGCUGCAAAUCGGAAGAUUCACACCUGAAGAGAAAGAAACUCUGAAUCUGAUCAAGAAAGGAUUUGGAAAAGAUGCUGAAAAGUUCACCUUAAUUCUGUUCACACGUGGAGAUGAUCUGAAAAAAUUUGGACUUUCAUUUGAAGGCUAUAUUCAACGUAAAUGUGAAGAUUCUUGUAAGAAGCUGUUAUCUGACUGUGGGAACAGGUGCCAUGUAUUUAAUAAUUGGGAAGAAAACACAGAAAAACCAUCAGCCCAAGUGAAGGACCUGAUAAAGAAGAUUGAUGAUGUGGUGAGAGUUAACGGUGGAGGCUGCUACACAAGUGAGAUGCUCCAGGAGGCUGAGGAGGCCAUUCAGAAAGAAACACAGAGGUUAUUACAGGAAAAGGAAGAAGAGAUGAAAAGAAAGAUGGAAGAAAUGGAGCAAAAACAUGAACAGGAAAUGCAAGAGAUUAAACUAAGAAUGGAAGAACAAUCAAAAGAAAUUGAGAGAGAACGUGAAGCGAGAGACAAAGAACUCAAAGAGCUGGAGGCAAAUAUAAAAAGGGAACGUACUCUGAGAACAGAAGAGCAGAACCAGAGAGAAGAAGAAGACCGUCAGAGGGAAGAGCAGGACAGAGUUAGGAGACAGGAGUAUGAACAGAAUCUUCAAGAGUUAGAGAGGAAAAUUAAAAUGGAAUCAAAAGAAAACUUUGACAAAGAACUGCAACAGAGUAAAGACAAAAUGGAACAAGAACGAGAGGCCUGGGAGGAAGAGAGGACACAAUGGUGGGACAAUCGAUACAAGCAGGAUGAAAUAAGACGACAGGAGGAGCAAGCAAGACUGGAGAAACUAGAACAAGAAUACAAGGACAAACUGGAAAUGUACAGAAUUAAGAAAGAAGAAGAAGAUCAAAACAGACGUGAGCAAGAGGAGAAGCAGAGGAAGGAGCUACAGGAAAGACAUGAGAGACAAAUGGAGGAGCUGAAGAAGACGUACGAGGAAGAGGCUCGCAAGAAGGCCGAAGAGUUCAACGACUUUAAACACAAGAAGGAGAUCGACUUUGCAGCUCAGUUUGACAAACACUUACAGGAAGUUACUGUUCUCAAGGAGCAGAUUCAACAAGAGAAAGAAGAAUAUAGAAGCUUACAAAACCUUACUUCACACAAGGAGACAAGUCUGAAAAGUGAAAUAGAGGAUCUGCACAAGCAACAUAAGGAUCAGAUGAUUGACCUGGCCAUCGUGGUUUUAAGUAAAGAGAAGAAAAACAGCAAUGAAUUUAGAGAAAUCCAGAAACGUCACAAACUGGAACAAAUGAAAUGUGAAGAGAACAAACGAAAAAUGUUUGAACUGAAGCAAAAUGAAGAAAUUGAGAAGUUACUGACAAAACAACAGCGAGAGAUGAGAAAUCUGGAGAAAGAUACCAUGAAAGAAGAUCUCCCAAAAAGAAAGAAGAAGCUGUCUGAUGAACAUGAUGAACAACUUUGUCAGCUUAAGUCUGCCUUGUGCAGCCAACAAAAACAAGAGCUGAAGGAAAGACUGGAGGAACUAGAGCAAAAGCAUCAAGAAGAAAUGGAAGACUUUACGCAGAAGCUCUUAAGAAAACACAAAGAGGAGCAGAAUAAACUAAUCACAGAGUUGGAGAAAAAACAGAAGCAGGAGAUGGAGAAGUUGAUGAAGAAAUUUGGAGGCAAAGAGUUUGCAAUGGAAGUGGAGCAGCUGCGGAUGAAACACCAACAGGAAAUGAAUAACAUAAAGAAUAAGAUGUUACCUGAGGAAGGAUGGUGUUCCAUUUUAUAAUGUGAUUGAUUAGGUCAUGUAUUAUUAUUACUUCAUUAGCCAUGCACUUAUCUUGCAUUGUUACUGCGUUGUUAAAACGCUUUAAUAGACUGUUACAAACACUUUACAUAAAACUAUGACCAAAGGGGUUUAGACUGAAGUGAAAUAACUUAUGAAUGCCGAACUCUGUUUACAAAUGAUGAUGCCAAGAAUCCAGCUGUCAGCAAACAACAAGCAACAACUUGGCUAUAGCACAGAGAAAAACGAUAUAUAUACAAUGAUAAUAAUAACAGCACUCACUGUUCCUACACCAAAGGAAAAAAAUACUUUAGUUGGCAUUACUGUAAUAACUAUAGAGCAGUGGUCCCCAACCUUUUUUGCGUCACAGACCGGUUUUAUAUCCGACAAUAUUUCGAGGACUUGGGCAGGGGGGGUCUUUUCUGGACAAUAUUUUCACAGACCGGCGGCGUAUAGGAGGAGGCGCAGUGGAAGACACGUUUUACAGGAGAAGGCACGGUCCAUCCGGCAUGGAUUAGUCCAGGUUAAAUCCUGUUUUAGUCCAGGUUUUAGACCGGUUUAGACCUGAUUUUUAGACUUGGUUUAGUCCUGGUUUUAGUUCUGGUUUAGAGAUGCAGGAAACACAGGAGGAGGCGCAGUCCACAUGAUGUACGCCAGAAGACCCAGGCCACGCGGUGCAAGGGUGGAGGCACGGUCCGCGCAGUGCAUGGGAGGGGGGGUUUGCGCAUUUGCAACCCGGUACCAAACGACCCACCGACCUGGUACCGGUUCACAGCUCAGGGGUUGCGGACCCUUGCUAUAGGGAAUAUUGGCACAGUGGGUUCAGACCUCACCCAGUUUUACUUUAAAUACUGUAAAUCUUGCCCAUUUGGUGGUGUCAUACAACAUUCACUGCACAAGGGGCUACACCUCAUGUGUAACUUUUUGAGUUUGUAAAUGUUAUUCCUUCCUCAUAAACAUACCCAGAGUUGCCUUAUGGCUUUGUUCUCAAUUUAAGUUGUCCUGUUUGCUUGGUCCUCUCGCUUUCUCUCUCAAAAAUCUCUCAGGUUUCUCCUAUGCAGUUUAUAAGUCCAUAAACUAUUACCGAACAUACCAUCCAUUUUCUCCCACUUAUCAGGGGCCGGGUUGCGGGGGCAUUAGUCUAAGCAGGGACUCCCAGACUUCCUUCACCCCAGACACUUCCUCCAGCUCCUCCAGGGGGGGCACCGAGGCGUUCCCAGGCGAGGGUAGGAACGAAAACUAACCCGUGAAAUUGAGUUCACCGGAGGGAGCUGAGCUGUUACCGAACUCACAAAUAACUCACAAUACAAAUAAUGCACAAUAUGUAAACUUGAUAUGUAACGAUUUGAUAUGUGUAUCUUUUAGGGAGAAAAAAAAAACAAUUGGGGUUGCACAUUUACAAAAAUAUGACACAUUGCAUUUAUUCUUUCCAUAUAAAAUCUCACCGAGGACGCACUCCAAGAUCUGGUUCAACAAGCCAGUAAAUGAGAAAACGUCCUAAAAUUUAUGCCAAGUGCUUUAUUUUAUUCAGAUUUGACAUUGUUUCGACAAAAAAAGCUAUUUUAAUAAUUGUUAUAAUGUACGUAUGUAUGUAUGUAUGCAUGUAUGU